ACCACUACUGUCAUGUCGCUUUUUUAUUGAUUCUAUUUUACGUAAAUAGAUCCUAAGACGGACUUUGAAAAAUGUUGAUUUUUUUUAAUGAAGUUGUUAAAAAUUUGAAAAAAUUUGUACUCGAUUCAUAUAGUAUAUAAUGCAAAGUUAGUUAUAUUUCAAAAAAUGAGGGUGUAUUAUUGAGGGGAAAAACGUGAAUGUAUAUAUAAAAAAAUUGGGCUAGACAAUGGUGUCCCUGGAAGACAGCUGGAAGGAGGCGACCGAUGGAUUUAACUCUGAGGCAUGUGAUACAUGGUUCACAAACUUGCAGGAAGUUUAUUCAGAGGAGAAGAGGACGUAUCAUAAUUUGGAUUCACUGAGAGAGAAAUUGGGUCAUUACUACGAUAUCAAGGAUCAGCUGAAGAAUCCAAGGGCAUUGCUUCUUGCACUGUUUUUUCAGAACUUUGAGUACGAUCCGAAAGCUCUUGAUGGAGAGAAUCAGAAUAUAGAUCAUUUUGUUUCCUUUGCUAAUGCAGCAGAAAUACCAGAGGACGAUGAAUUACGUACUGAAACAUGUGCAUUACUGAAAGCAGCGGCCACUCACAGUACAGAGGAGCACAAGGUCGAUGGUGCCUUUGGCAGUGAAGACGCUCACUACCUGUUAGAUUUAGACAUGGCCGUUCUAGGCUCAGCAUCAGAGGCCUACGCCGAAUACAGGGAGAAAAUACGUGGAGAAUACUCGUUCCUCAGUGAGCCCAUGUACACAGCACUGAGGCUCAAGGUACUGCAGAACUUCGUACAAAUUCCGAAUAUUUUUGCGACUAAAGAAUUCCGUGAGAAAUUCGAGGAGCAAGCCAGACUUAAUAUUCAAGCUGAGGUGGAACUAUUGUCUUAGAAGUUGUUCGAUAUUGUUGUAUUAAAUAAAUCGGAUUAUUGUGAGGAGAUGAUUAAGCUAAAUGUUUAAAAAAUUGAAUAGACUAUUCGGUUUUUUUCUUUGAGAAAAAAUUGUGUCAUGUGUACACAUGAUGUUUAGGAAUUGAGCUUUCGUAUGCGAACAAUGCAGGAUGUGUUAUGUUUAGUAUGAGGUGAUGACAAUAUUGAUAAUGAUUUUACUAUGAUCACACUGCAGAAUCCCUGAUUGUCAACAAAUUGGCGAAGCGGUAAAACGAUUUGAGUCGACUCAACUCUUAAGUCGGUUUUCGAGGAAUAUCUCCGAAUCUAAGGGAGAUAGCGAAAUUUUCGUAAUGAUAUUUUUUAUAGCUCU